GAUGAACUCUUAUGUCACGUGAUUGCGGAAGAUUCGCGCGGGUUCUCGAACCGUAAGCCGCUUAUCUUAUCGGGUCGGUGACGGAAGGCUCCAGAUGCAUCUGGUGUCAUCUCGCGCCAUCGCUGUCGCUCCCAGCAUCUGCCAGAACGCUCGGCUUGCUUCUGUAUGACAGAGAAAGUUGGAUGAUGGCGUUUUCUAGAAAUCCUCUGGUCAGGAAUAUAAGGAUGGGAUUUAACCAGCCUAACAUGUUAGUCUGUACUCAGAAUCAAUCCAAUCUCAUCACAAGAUAAAUCAGAGACAUUCAUAUCCUCUUUAUCAACGAUCCGAAACCGCAGCUAUCUCCUUCAAGAUCAUUAGCUUUCAUCAAUCACCCUUGACAUUCUCACACAAAUCACAAACAAUGGCUUACUUCCCUCGAUUUGCCGGUGACUUCGCACCCUUGUUCCAACUUCUGGACGAUUAUGACGUCCACCGGUCUAGCCGCCCCAACAACAGGAAGGCCACACCCGUCCGCUCAUUCACCCCGAAAUUUGAUGUCUAUGAGGUGAACGACGUAUAUCACUUGGAAGGCGAACUUCCUGGGGCCGAGCCGAGCAACAUCGAAAUCGAAUUCUCUGAUCCACACACUCUGGUCAUCAAAGGUCGCGUGGAGAAGAAUGAAGUGGGCACCCCUCAGACAACGGGUCAAACAUCGCCGACAAAGUCACACCAGCCGACAGUUGAGGAUGACGAUGAAGACGAAGACAACAAAUCAACCAAGUCCUCGGACAGCCACCCCACGCAGCUGGUCUCACAGAAACAGACCGAGCCAACCUCCAAGUACUGGGUUUCCGAACGCCAGACUGGCGAAUUCUACCGCACAUUCACCUUCCCGACGAGAGUGCAUCAAGAUGCAGUCAAGGCCAACCUGACAAAUGGAAUCUUGUCGCUACAAAUCCCGAAGGAGCCUGCCCCUCAGGUCAAGAAGAUCCGCCUCGAGUAAAGCGAUCGAUAAUUAUCGUCUCGGAUUUUUCUUAGCAUCGGUUUCCACUCUGCGACAUUUCCGUUUUCUUCUUGACUUACCUACCAUGGCCAUACGAUCUUCUGCCAGUUCACGCAAUGAUAUGAAUGUUUCUGCACCUGCAUUAUGAUGGGGUUCUGUGGGCCAGGAGUACAUUGGAACGAUUGUUCAUUUUCUGCAU